UUAAAAUCGAAAUCCACCAAGUUAACCCUAGAGAUCCCUCUCUGUCUUGUCUGUCAUUUGAUCAUCAACAAGAGACGGUGAAGCUAGCCGGAGUCACUAGUCACAGUCAGCCAUGAGGUGGUAUCUGCAAGGUGGUCGUUUCCUUCCUAAAUGUCCAGAGACUGGGCCUCGAGUUCCACCUAAAACUACUACACGGAAUUGGCGUCCCGUUCAAUUGGUGGCAAGAGAUCCGUUUGGUAGGCCGAGGCCGAGGCCCUUCAUCAUGGAUUUGAUUGAGGCUAUGAAAAGAGUGCAUCCUGAUGAAAUGGUAAGAUAUGGUUAUAUCUUCAGUCAGCUGCUGCGCCUUCCAAAACCUCCUCUCCCGGAAAUAGACACCCGGGACAAGUUUGCUGUGAAGUUGGUCGAGUUUGACCCAGAGAAAAGGAACCAAGUGGUUGGAGCAGUUGCACGGGCCAAAAUUCAUAAUGUAAAAGUGCUCAAAUCAUUGUCCGACGUGAUCGGUGUGCAGCGAUCGCUUUUUUGUGUGCAAAACGUCCCCAACUCCCUCAUCAGACAAGGUGUCACAAAGGAGGAGGCUACUGAAAUCAUUACCAGUAUCGAAGCUGCCGGUGGAGUCGCCGUUAUGGAGCCUGUUCAAGUCAUCCUGAUGAUGAGCAGCUUUCCUAAUUGUUUGUCUUCGUGACUGACAACAGUACGUACGUCCCCGUAGUAGUUGUUUUGUAAGACAAACUAUUCUGUCAUCUGUCCGUAGUAGUAGUCUUUCGAAUAAGGAAAGUACUUUAUUCCGCUUAUGCACAUAAAGGUUCCAAGGUAUAAACGACAAUAAUAUAUGGAUGCAACUCUGCAUCCCUUUAACUUACAA